UUUCAAGUUGGUUAAUGAUUAGCAAGGGAAGUCACUCCAAAAUGCAAAAAAAAAAAGAAAAGUCGCGUGCACGAGGAAGCCACUGCGAGAGCGCGCACGCACACUGCCGAGCACGUUACGUACGCCUUGGUGCAACGUGUCCGCGGUGACGCGCUCUCUCUCGCUCUCUCUCGCUCUCUCUCUCUGACACGUAAAUGGUGGUGAAUGCGCGAGCGUCCAUUUGUCGGCACUUGACGCAAUUUCAGAAUCUUCGGCGUCGUUCAUCUUUCUCCCCCCGCCGGCCCCCCACGAACCCAAAACGCCAGUAUGCUGUGGACAGCAAGCCAGGUCUUCAGGAAAUUCUCCUCCUCUCGCCCUUGGCAGCAGAGAAGGAUGGUACACCGGUGUUCAAGUUCCCACGGUGGCGAGUUAAAGGAAAGCCCAUCCCAGAGGUGGUCGAGGCCUACAUGGCAGUGGAUGCUGAGAUCAAUGUUAUGCCUUUCUGCUCUCAGUUCAUCCCCAUGAAUAUCAUUGAUUAUCCCAAGCAUGGCUCCAUCAUUUACCACCCCUCCAUCCUUCCCCUGCACAGAGGAGCCUCAGCCAUCAACUGGUCCUUGAUCCAUGGUGAUAAGAAAGCUGGCUUCACAGUAUUUUGGGCUGAUGAUGGUCUGGAUACCGGACCAAUCCUGCUGCAGCGGGAGUGUGUUGUUGAACCCAAUGACACUGUGGAUACCCUCUACAACCGUUUCCUCUUUCCAGAAGGCAUCAAGGCAAUGGUUGAGUCGGUGCAGCUUGUUGCUGAUGGAAAGGCCCCACGAAUUCCACAGCCAGAGGAGGGCGCAAGUUAUGAAGGCAUUCAGAAGAAAUCCAACGCAAAGAUCAAUCUGGCUCAGCCAGCUGAGGCAAUCCACAACUGGAUACGUGGCCAUGACAAAAUCCCUGGUGCCUGGACUGUGAUUGAAGGCAAGUUGGUUACCCUAUAUGGUUCAUCAAUGUUGCAAGGGUCAGUCCCACCUGGCCAACCAUUGGACAUUGAAGGAGCAUCCAGACAGAGCCUGGUGACAAAAAAUGGGCUUGUGCUACAUGGAACUGAUGGAAAAGUUGUUCUGGUGAAGAAUCUGCAAUUUGAUGAUGGAAAAAUGAUACCGGCUUCAAAGUACUUUUCCAGUGGUGAAACUCACAGCGUGGAAUUAACUGACAAUGAGAAAGAAAUAGUGAAGGAGAUGAGGUAUAUCUGGAAGGGCAUUCUCAGCAACAUCCCAGCAAUUGAGGACACCACAGACUUUUUCAAGUCUGGAGCUGCUUCCAUGGAUGUGGUCAGGUUGGUGGAGGAGGUAAAGCAGCGGGCUGGUGUGCUCCUGCAGAAUGAGGACAUUUACAUGGCAACCACCUUCCAGGACUUCAUCCAGAUGUUUGUUCGUAAAAUGAGAGGAGAAGAACAGGAGGAGGACCUGGUCAUUGACCACGUAAGUCAAUCUAUUUUCUUACAAUUUUAGAGUAGAGUUGGCGAUUAUCUGAGUCAAUAGUAAUAAUAAUAACUUGAUGAGAUUAUGGAG